UUGUUGUCAUAAAAGACGUCGUCCAAUAAGCUGCUGAAUUUCUAUGAUAGCUAGAGAGCUUGUUUGUCCGUUCCUUAAAGGGUGGCAAUAAAACUGCAGGAACAUGUCCAAGCAUCCAAGUGAAACUGGGUCGACGAUUCCUGAAAGUCGUGAUCCAGGAUCGGGCAUAAUCCUGUGUAUAAAGGAGAUGUUGUCCAGCGGAGACCUGAGUGACGUGAGCUUCACCGUGGGACGCCUGCUCGGCGAAGCGCGGAAUUUUUCGGCUCACAAGGUCAUCCUGGCGGCCCGCAGUCCCGUAUUCCGCGCGAUGCUUUAUGGCAGCCUGCCGGAGAACUGCGACGCUCCCAUCGACAUCUCCGAUAUCCUGCCAGAAGCAUUCGCCAAUCUCCUCAGCUUCUUGUACACUGAUGCAAUGGAUGCUCUGAGCAUGGACAACGUCCUUCCGACGAUGGGUUGCGCUGACAAGUACGAUGUGCCCCGCCUGGUUGCGAUCUGCUCGGACUUCGUUAUCAGCCAGCUGAAUCCCGAAAACUGCCUGGCCAUGUUGGAAGAGGCAUUUUACUGGAAUUUCGGCGGUGUGGUGGAGAAAUGCCUGGAUUUCACGGAUAGUUGGAGUGAGGCGAUUCUGCAAUCGGGACACUUUACGAACAUCAGCCAGGAGACACUGGAGAUGAUUCUGCAGCGCAACACAUUGUCCGUUGAGGAGAACGAGAUAUACGUGGCUGUUGAAAGCUGGGCAAGGGCGGCAUGUUCUCGUAAUGGCCUGGAUCCAUCCGCCGCCGCUAACCGCCGCCAGAUGCUUGGUUCCGCUUUGUUUCUGGUGCGAUUUCCACUGAUGACCAACGCUCAGUUGGCUGACGGUCCCGGCACGAGUGGUCUCUUGAGUGAAGCGGAAAUCACCAGCAUCUUCCUGUUUCUGAAUGCGAGAGUGAAGCCGCCGCUGCCGUUUUCCUCGCAGCGCCGCAUCGGAAGUAUGAAGGUGGAUCGGAAUUUUAGCCGGGAUUCUUCUACGUUUCCGCCUGGAGAAGAUAUGGUUGACUGGUUAAUUUGCGCUUCGUCAAGUCAGCCUAGCAUUCCUCGACCCAUUUCUUCAAAAUUCGGUGUAGGCCGCGGGUUUUCUUUCCGCUAG